UUUGCUUCGAGGCCUUUGAUAGUCUCAUCCCAUUUGGUUGUCAUCUACCAGUUUGCAAUUUUCUUUUGCUUGCCUUUCUAUGUGGGAAAAAUUAAAAAGAAAAUCUGUUGUUAUUCACUGUUCUUAGAAGUUCAGCCUCUUGCUCUGCUAUUUUUCUUCUAUGCAGUAUUGUCUCUCUCUGUAUUCGAGGAUAAACAAAAGGAAAGUGGAAUAGAAACAUGCAAAGCACCGCAUGCGCACGGGAGUAGCGAUUCUCUGUUUCGUAGUACUGAUGAUUGUCACUCCUGCCAUUCCUCAAUCUCAAGGAUACCACGAUUUCGCUGAUAAACGCCAAUUCUUUGGUGAUUCAACAUAACCCAUUUCUUUUCUAACUCUUUCUCUUUAUUGUAGUCUCGCAAUAAAUAGCUUCCACUUGGGUACUGAACAGAGUUUCGUUUCUUUGUUGGUCGAGAAUGGAGCAAAGCGAGAAAGAAUUCGAAGAAAUUUAAUUUAUUUUCAGCUCCCAAUACGUUUAUUUUUAUGUAUAUGCAAGUUGAGUUGCUGAGUAUUCAGCUUUUGUCUGCAUUUAUUUCUGGGUUGAGUCAUAUAUUUAUGUUGUUGGGUUGCAAUUGAUUUCUAAUCAUUGUUGGUUUACUAUAAUCUUUGAUUCAGGAACACCCAAUACUCUGAAUGUGGUUUCAAAUCUUCCUUUCCUUUUUAUUGGUGUGAUUGGAUUUGUUCUUUGCCAUCAUGGGAAUUAUUUUAAGCUGAGUAUGGAGUAUGUCAUUUUUGUUUAAUCCAAUUUAUCAAUUACCCUAGAGUAAAGAUUAUGUAAUUUCUAUGUAUUUUGAGGCAGUUAAUUGUGUAUGUGUUUAAAAUUUUCUGUGAACUUUAAAAAGCCUGGAAGGUGAGCUUUGGGGUUACAUGUUUUUUCCUUGUUGUGGCUGCUGUUGCUUUUGGCUCUGGAUACUACCAUCUCAAGCCUGAUGAUGCUCGGCUUGUGUGGGAUCGCCUGCCGGUUUUGUAAGGACCUCCGCCCAUAUGCACUAGUCCAGUUUGUUCCUUGCAUUGCCAUUCCAUUCAUGGCUAUCUUGUUGCCUCCAAUGUAUACACAUUCUGCAUAUUGGCUUUGGGCACAGGAUUUUACCUUUUAGCUAAAGUGGAAGAAGCAGCGGAUAAACCAAUUUACAAAUGGACUCAUCACUUUGUCAGCGGGCACACUCUCAAGCAUUUAUGUGCUCCAACGCUUCCAGUCUUCUUGACACUUAUGCUUGGAAAGAGGAGUAUUGAAGCAGAAAGGUUAAGUCUCCACGAGAAAGUGGAAGAUUUCAUGGACAGAGGUGAAAGAAAAUGCUGAGCUUGGAAACUACUCCCUCUAAUAUUGAUGCUGUAACCACGGGUGGUGGGAAUGAAACCGAUCAUCUUGCUUUAUUAGAAUUCAAGGCAAAGAUUGUACAUGACCCUCAAAAUGUCAUGAGGUCAUGGAAUGAUUCUGCCCAUUUCUGUAAUUGGCAAGGUGUCGUAUGUGGUCUCAAGCACAGAAGAGUUACCAUUCUUAAUCUUGAAGAUAAAGGCUUGGUGGGUUCUUUGUCUCCUUAUAUAGGAAACAUGAGUUUCCUUAGGCAGAUAAGACUCCGCAACAAUAGCCUCCAAGGAAAAAUCCCAGCUGAAGUUGGUCGCUUGUUUAGGCUACAAGCUUUUGAUCUGUAUUACAACCAUGUUGAAGGGAAAAUUCCAUGGAACUUGUCCCUCUGUUCAAACCUCAGGCUGUUGUUCUUAGAAAACAACAAGCUAGAAGGACAAAUUCCAACUGAGCUUGCAAACUUGCGUAAGCUUUGGGUACUUGACCUCGGUGUAAACUAUUUGACUGGCGGCCUUCCACCUUCUAUCGCGAACAUGAGCUUGUUGGAAAUGUUGGCUGUCCCUAACAAUUUUCUUACUGGAAGUAUUCCAGAUGUCCUGGGGCAACUAAGUCACUUGUCCACGAUCGGACUUGCAUUGAACAAUUUCUCAGGUAUCAUCCCUCCAUGCAUGUAUAAUAUUUCGUCCAUCAAAAUUUUCUCUGUGGCUUUUAAUUCGCUUCAUGGAAGUGUUCCAUCAGACAUUGGAAUCCUCCUACCGCACCUACAGUGGUUUGGACUGGGCUAUAACUACUUCAGUGGAUCAAUUCCACUGUCAAUAUCCAACGCUUCAGAACUUCAAGUAUUGACUUUGACAAGAAACAAUUUCAAUGGAGAAGUUCUUGUCCAGUUUGGACUACUCAAACAGUUGCGAAUUUUAUUUUUAGCAGGCAACAAUUUCAAUGGUGGUUUACAAUUCAUCGCAUCUAUGGCAAACUGUAGCAGUUUGAUAUAUUUGGAUUUAUCCCAUAGUCAGUUUACAGGAGCAUUGCCUAAUUCGGUUGCCAAUCUCUCUUCUAAUCUUCGAUUUCUAGCAAUUGCAGAUAAUCGAAUAUCAGGUAGCCUCCCCCUAGGCUUAUUUGAUCUUGUUAACUUACCAAGAAUAAUCUUGCAAAGAAAUCAAAUUACAGGAGCUAUUCCUACUGAAAUCGGUAAGCUGCAGAAACUACAGGAACUCUUUCUUGAUCGAAAUAGAUUAUCUGGAAAAAUUCCUUCAUCUAUUGGAAACUUAUCAUUCUUGAUUAAUCUUCAAUUGGACACUAACAUGUUAGAAGGCAAUAUCCCGUCUAGCUUAGGCAAUUGUCGUAACUUACUACGGCUAGGUCUUUCUAGGAAUAAUUUAACUGGGUUCAUACCAAAACAACUUUUUCCUAUUGCUUCCAUGUUAAUUUCCAUAUCUCUGUUUCAAAAUCAUUUGGUUGGACCCCUCCCUUUGGAAAUUGGCAAUUUAUUCAAUUUGAAUGAACUGAAUAUUUCCCAAAACAUGUUGUCUGGAGAAAUUCCAAGUAAUCUCGGUCAGUGUCGUAGCCUUGAGUUCCUUUUCAUGGAGAACAACAAUUUUCAAGGUGCCAUACCCAUGUCAUUGGAAUCAUUAAAAGGCCUUAGACAAUUUGAUCUUUCUAAUAAUAACAUGUCUGGUCCAAUUCCAAAGUAUUUAGGGAAACUUGCCUUGGAAUAUUUGAAUUUUUCUUUCAACAAUCUUGAGGGUGAGGUUCCAACGGAAGGUGUUUUUGCAAAUAUGAGUUCGAUAUCACUUGAAGGUAACAAGAUGGUUUGUGGGGGCAUUCAAGAACUACGUCUGCCAAGAUGUAGUUUCGAAGUAUCGAAGAAAAGAAAAUUACGUCAAGUAAUUCAAGUAGCUGUCAUCACAAUUCCAUGCAUUCUUGGUGUGCUCAUUUUGUCAGCCUCCUUGUGCUGUUGGUUCAAAAGGCAGAAAAGGAUGCAAUCUCCGAGCUCAUUGGAACUAAAAUCAUUUCCAAAACUUUCUUAUCAAAAGAUUCUCAAGGCAACUGAUGGGUUUUCGACAGCAAAUUUGCUUGGUGCUGGUAGUUUCGGAUCUGUCUACAAAGGCACCCUUGAGGAGGAUGGAGUCAUCAUUGCAGUAAAAGUACUCAACCCUCAACGGAGAGGAGCUGCAAAAAGUUUCAAGGCUGAGUGCAAGGUCUUGCAAAACAUCCGUCAUCGUAAUCUUGUAAGGACCAUCACUUCUUGCUCGAGUAUUGAUUUUCAAGGAAAUGAUUUCAAGGCACUUGUUUACGAGUAUAUGCCGAACGGGAACUUGGACAAGUGGUUGCAUCCAAGUUCGGAAAUAUAUGUCGAGCCAACUGAACAAUGGAGCCUGAGCUUUCUCCAAAGAAUAAACAUUGCCAUAGACGUAGGAAGCGCACUGGAUUAUCUUCACCAUGGCUGCCAAAAGCCAGUCAUUCAUUGUGAUCAAAAGCCAAGCAACAUUCUUCUUGACAAUGAGAUGGUUGCUCAUAUUGGAGAUUUUGGGCUAGCAAAGUUCCUCUCUCAGCUCAGUGGUCCAAUUCACAGCAGUUCAGUGGGAGUGAGAGGCACAAUUGGUUAUGCAGCACCAGAAUAUGGGCUAGGAAGUGAUCCAUCAACAAGCGGAGAUGUUUAUAGCUAUGGGAUACUGUUAUUGGAGAUGAUGACAUCAAAGAAACCUACUGAUAACAUAUUUGUAGAAGGUCUCAACCUUGACGAUUUUGCAAGGAUGGCAUUGGCUGAUCAUGCUGUGGAGAUUUUGGAUCCAAUUCUAUUGCAAGAAGAUGAAGAAGAAGAAGCAAGAUUAAAUAGGAAUGAAGGUCCAACACAAGUAAGAAAUGGGCAGAAAAUUGAAUGCUUAAUUAGGAUGAUGAAGGUUGGAAUAGGAUGCUCCAUGGAGUCUCCUCAAGAUAGAAUGGCCAUAAGUGAUGCAGUCAAUGAGUUGCAAUCAAUCAGAAAGUAUUAUAUGGGAGCUAGAGCAGGCCUCUCCACUCAAGCAAGAUCAUGAAGUGUGAAAUUUGAAAUGAAGCAGCUAAAGGAGCAGAGCAGAGUCUAUAAGGGU